AUGAGCACGGCGAAGUACUCUGGCAUCGCCGUCGCGGCCGCCAACCGCGCGGCGCUCGCUCGACAGGAAGCCGACGCCGAUCGCGAACAGCACGCGCACCGAACGGUGGACGCGAAAUCGGAGGCGCUGUUGGCGCACUUACGGUCGACGAUGACCGCGGCGGCGCUCCUGGGUGGCGACGCGCGCGGGACGAGCGCGAGCGGCGCGACGACGACGUCCGCGACGGCUCGCGCGGCGACGAAGACGUCGAACGCGAAUCCAUCGGACGCGCGCGCGCGCGUCGAGCGCGUCGAAGAACCCGCAUCAUCUCUACAUCGUCCCGAGGAGAAGCGCAGGAUGAGCAAAGCGGAGCGAAAGCGAUUGAAACGCUCGAGAGACGACGCCACGGCGCGGACGUCGGUUCCCGCCGCGACGGUCGACCCGGUGGACGUCCACGACGACGCUCGCGCCCGCGAGAGAACGCGGAAGAAGCGGAAGAAGAAAAUUAAGCCAACCGCGCGCGCCGAGCGCUCGACCUAG